GGUGUCUCUAGACGGACACACACCGUACACGUGACAGCACGCACGGUCACAAUCACAAUCUUUCGCAUAACAUUUAGUGCUCGAAUUGUCUGCAUUUUUACAGUUUCUUCGUUGUCGUCGUCGUCGUUCACUACGUCUCUUGCUGUAAACGCACCCACCUCCUUCCACCACCCCCACCACGUGCGUCUUCAAGAGGUAAUCUCACCCACGCAUCGAUUUUAACUUCUCUGUCCUCGGCAUUAGAGAGCUUAACCACCCUCCCAAAAAAAGCACAAACAGCCACCCAUGGAGCCUCCACCGAAGCGACCGAAGACCUACCACUCGAAGUUCUUGCCCCAGUGGACAACUCAGUUCGACUGCAUCGUCGCGUCGCGCUUGGGCGAGCAAUUCGCCUUCUGCACCGUGUGCCGACGCGACAUCAAAGUGGCGGCGUCCGGCGUCUACGACCUCACGGUUCACUUCAGGACGAAGCUGCACAGCGACAACGUGGGACGCGCCGAGAGGACGACGACGAGGAGCGGAGACACGUGGAGGGGGAUGACGGCUACAGUGGACACCCCGGUGCUGGAGCCGAGUGGGGACUUCCCGGCGUGGCUGGAGGCGCAAGGCGUAAAUGCGGAGGUGGCCCGGGCCAUGGACUCGGAGCUGGGGAUCCGAGACUACGGGGUCCUGCGCGCCUGCGUCAGGGACGGCCUCGUGCGGGCCGAGCUUCUGGCCACGGCGCGCGACCGCCUGCCCUUCGGCUUCUACGCCGUGCUGCGGCAGGUGGUGAAGGCCCUGCAGGGUGCCGAGCCCCACGACGCUGAGACGCCGUGCUGGGACGAUACCGCUUCCUCCCCUGGCGACGUGAUGCUGGGAGGCCUGGUGGAUGUGCUGCUCGCGCUGUUCAGCGGCUUGAGCCGGGAGCUGCUUUUGUCCGUGCAGAGGUUGGAUGACAUGGACAAUCGUAAAUAUGUGGUAGCUUCUGCUUCAUCGACAGAUGCUGUCAAUUCUGAUGGCAUGGAAAUGGAAAUGCAUCCAAGUGAAGAAAAUGUGAAAGCAAAAUUCAUGGAGAACCUCAUUAAAAGCGAGCCCCCUGAAGAUACCACCGCUGAUGUUUCCAGUUACGUGCUGCCAUCUGAAGAAUUGGAACAAGGCUCAGUUGAACGCACUUCAAGUGAUCCUCUCUUGAACUUCCACCCACAUCUCAUCAUCCAAAGAAAAACCCCUCUUCCUGAUUCAGGGGAACACCUCACAUGUGCAGCUGACAAUGAACCACACUCUUUACCACGAGAGGGGUCGGAUGGAACACAACAGGAACCAUCAGCUGCCAUCUCUAUUAUUAAUAGCACAUUACACAAACUGGACAACCGACACAGAAGGAGUGUAUCAACAGACCAGAAGCAGCCGCCUCCUUUGAGUGAGAUUGAGUCACGUGAGUUUGAACUUGAUGAAGCUGAUCGCGGAGGAAACGCUCAGGCGAAGAACCAUGGAGCGAAGCCGCAUUGGUGCGAGGUGUGCAAGAGUAGUUUUUCGUCACCUAGCGAACUGGAGGCCCACCUGUGCAGGCACACAGACAAGAAAGUGCAUCGUUGCCAGGUGUGCGGGCGCGUCUUCUUGCAGGCCACUGGUCUAAACAUCCACCUGCGCACGCAUUCGGGCAAGGCGCCAUACACCUGCGGCGUGUGUGGUGAUGGUUUUUGGCAGUCUAGCGACCUGAAGAUCCACUUGUGCAAACACACGGGUGAGAAGCCAUACCAGUGCGAGGUGUGUGGGCGCGGCUUUCACCGGGCCUUUGAGCGGAAGGUCCACAUGCGCACGCACACGGGCGAGAAGCCGUACGUCUGCCAGGUGUGCGGGCGUUGCUUUUUACGAUCGGGCGAGCUGAAGGCGCACACACGCAUUCAUACCGGCGAGAAGCCGUACGUCUGAAAAGUGUGCGGGCACGAAUUUACGAGCUCACAUGGCCUGGAGACGCACCUGCGGACGCACACGGGUGAGAAGGCGUACUCUUGCUCGGUGUGCAGGCAGUGCUUCACUCAGCGCUCGCAGUUGAAGAGUCAAGAGUGAGCAAAGCAUGGCUUGGGCGAAUCCCAAAAAGUUGACUGACACAGUGUUCCACUUACAUGGAUUACACUGGUCAACAAAAACAUUUUUUUUUCUGGCCUGGACUUUUGCAGCUGUUUUAGACUAAUUUCAGGGUGCUGAUUCCAAAUCUGAUUUGCUCUAUCACAUCAUUUUUAUGCUAUCGGCAUACCUCAUUUUCAUUUAUUUUACCCGAAAUUAACUCUGUCACUUAUGAUUGCAAGUUGUUGCGAGUCAGUGACUGCUUUAGUGUUAAAAUAUGGUGCUGUAUUUUUAGGAUAGUGUGUUUAUAAUUUCAUUUUAUGUAGAUAUCCACAUUUAUUUAAUAUUUUUCUUCUGCAGUUUUUUUUAUUGAAAAUGCAAUAUUUGAUAUCUCAAAAACCUGAUAUGAUAGACAAAAACUGAUGCCAGAUCAGCACCCCAAAAUUACCUUAAAACCGUUGGAAUACCUUAUGCCAGAAAAAGUGUGUUGACCAGUGUUAUUGAAUGUCUCAAAUGUUUACCCUGAAAAUAAUUAAAAAGCAAUACAGACGUGGAUAGCUUAACUACUAAUUGCACAUGAAACCAAUACCGUGUUUUCAAAAUGUAAAAAAGAUGGAUAUUCCACAUUUUUAGUUGGUGCUACUGGUUUGCAGUUUUUAAGAAAGCAGGAAUCUGGGAAAUGCAUGUUGUGAUAUCCAAAUGGUGAAACUAGCAAUGAGACUUGAGUCUGACAGAAAAAGGCACAGAUUUCUGGAGACAUUUCUUUCAACAGAAUCAAUACAGCACGUGAUCCCAAGCUGGUGCCAUGUCAGUUGCACUUCAAUGUAACCAAAGAAGGAGCAGAACUAAUUUUAUGAAAAACGAAAAUGCUUAACAUAUGCUCACUCGUAUAUGCGCCAGAGCCGAGGGCACUGCACAUAGACAAAUCGCGAGAGUGUACGAUCUUUCGUACAUAUACCUGUUACAUGUAACAUGGGGGUUUAGUUUCUUGGGAUUUAUGGAAAUAAUUCUAGAUUUGAAGUUUUCGUGACUGCAAGGGUCCAUACUCUUUGUUUUUUUCGGUAAAGUCACGCAGGUAAA